AUGACAAAGCUUCAGACGGGGUCUGUGCUCUACGAAUGGCAUAUGAAAGAACAGAAAGCUAUCAAUGGCAAGGGUGCCUUUCAGGCGAAUCCGCUACCCGCCCUCGACGACUUCGUGCCAAUGAGUCCAGUGAAAGUGAGUACUGGAGGUCAAGGGACGGUAGCCUGGGUCCACUUACCUAACACGUCCAUGCAAUAUGCCCUCAAAUUCAAGGUGCGCGAUGGCAGAAGUGAGAAAAACUGGCUGAUAGAGCGCCGGGAGGCAAAAAUCCUUCAAAAGCUUAAACAUCCUUUUAUUGUCAACACAUACCACAUCUACGAAACGGAUGACGCUCUGUUUAUGGCUUUUGAAUAUCUGAGUGGAGGUUGUCUUUGGAGCCACAUCGCACGAUUAGGAACGCUGCCCGAGUGCUAUGCCAUCUACUACGCGGCCUGCAUUCUGACUGCCUUGAGCUAUCUCCACGCAAGAGGCAUUGUUUAUAGAGACAUGAAAGCAGAAAAUGUGGUGCUCGACUACCGCAACCGUCCUAAGCUCAUUGACUUUGGGAUGGCCAAGUACUUUCCGUCGGUAAGAAAACAAAUGCAGUUGGACGGAGACAGCGGGAAGAGGAUUUGUGCUGAUCAGUCCCUCGGGAAGGAGUUGGUUCGAGAGCCGCAAUCAAUUUGGGCUUCACCUGACCUUAACACAGAUAUCGAAACGGAUGAUCCACCUACCAAAUAUUACUACGCUGCUUACUUGGCGCCCGAAAUUUACAGUCAACCAGCUGAGGCCAACCACUACAUUGAUUCUUGGGGUCUUGGCUACAUAAUCUUGGAGAUGAUCCUUGGUUACGGAAUGUGA